AAAAAGCAAAAUUUCACCCAGAUCAUUUGCCUGCUUAAAGAUGCUUUUCGGGCUUUUUACCUAAAGUCAUACUCGAAUAGAUUUUUUUCCCUUCGAGGCCCGGAAGUGCUUAAUGUGAUGGGCAUUUCCCCCCCGCGCAGUGGGUGAUUUCUCUGUCAAGACAGUGACAGAUUUACUUCUUUCCACAGGAAAAAGAAAAAACAAAGACACUGCUGAACUGGAGGAGGGUCAAAACCUCCAGCCGGUGCCGCUGACGGUUCAAUUCCAGAUGCAGCUGCUUCGGUGGCCCUGGGCAGCCAGUAGCCAGAGCCAGGAGAGCGUGGCCACGACAGUGGAGAAGACCCAGUAACACGUCGGGCCUGGGUUCCGCGCCGGAGGCUGCCAUGUACCCCAGGAUUAAAAACCUGGCGCUUUACGCCUUCUCAGUCACGCUGCUGGCGUGGGUUUUUUACAUGAGGAAAGAGGCAAAGUUGGCAGCGUCGUCCGCGGAGCAGAAAGUGGAUGUAGCGAGUCACAAACUGAAAUCUCUGGUUCCGGACAAUGUUGAGCCCAGCAAGUGUUUGCCAAACUUGACCCUUGCCAAUUCUUCUCUCACCCUCCCGGAGCUUCACCGCGUCUUCUUAACAUACAAGCACUGCCGGAACUUCUCGGUCCUGCUGAAGCCUUCCAGGUGUAGCAAAGAGACGUUCCUCUUGCUGGCGAUCAAGUCUUCCCCGAUCAACAUAGACCGGCGGGUGGCAAUCAGGAACACCUGGGGGAAGGAGGUCUCCAUUGGUGGCAAGCACAUCAGGCUGGUAUUCCUUUUAGGGCGCUCAGAGGCCAAAAUCCAGGUGCAGUCCCUGCACCAGCUGCUGGCUUAUGAGAGCCAGGAGUUUGGUGACAUCUUGCAGUGGGAUUUUGUUGACAACUUCUUCAACUUGACUCUCAAGGAGCUGCAUUUCCUCCGCUGGUUCGUGGAGGACUGCCUGCACGCCAGGUUUGUGCUGAAGGGUGACGAUGAUGUCUUUGUCAACACUUACAACAUCGUUGAGUUCCUCCAAGAACUGGACCCUGCACAGGAUCUCUUUGUUGGGGAUGUGAUCACCAACGCCCGGCCCAUCAGGAACACCAAGGUCAAAUACUUUAUUCCAGAGUCCAUGUACAAAGCCUCCUUCUAUCCUCUCUAUGCAGGUGGAGGGGGUUAUGUGAUGUCUAGAGAGACAGUGCGCCGCCUCCAGAGCACCGCAGAGGACAUGGAGCUCUUCCCAAUAGAUGAUGUCUUUGUGGGAAUGUGUCUGGCACAGAUGGCAGUGACCCCAAAGAACCACGCUGGCUUUAAGACUUUUGGGAUCCAGAGACCUUUCAAUCCUUUUGAUCCAUGCUUGUACAAAGAGCUGAUGGUUGUGCACAAAUUAAACCCAACCGAGAUGUGGAUCAUGUGGACGCUGGUAAAGGAUGACAGCAUUAGGUGUGCAGUGUCAGUAACACACAACUUCAGCAGGGGUUGGAAAAGAAGCUACAGAUAAGCACAGCGGGAUUGUGACUGGUGACAAAUCCAGGGUACUUAAACUAAAAAUCAGGUUGUGGUAGAAACGUGUCCUCUACUAACGGACUGUACUUGAGCCACAGGGGGCUGUUUUGCAGCAAGUCUUUUUCUAUCGGUGGGUCACCGAAGCGAUUGAAUUGUCACGGGGUGUGGAUGGGGCUGGUGGCUCCGUGAGACCUGGCACAGGGGACUUGGCUUGGUUCCUCCCAGCUGGACUGGAGCCAGAGGAAGUCACGGCUGCCACAGGGACGUGAGUGAGGUGCCACCUCCUAUGGAGGCUCCGAAACACCAAGGCUGGUGUCUGACUGCUGGCCAAACUGAUGACUGAUGUGUGCCAGAACACUUGAAAUUACUUGAAAAGGUGGAAGAAAGGCCAGUGAGUGCUGCUGGGUCCACUGCAGUGCAACUCUGCUGUCCCUGUCCACAGGUCCUACUGGGCAGGAGGAGAAAGGGAGGGAAGAGGAGUGGGGGGAAAAAAAAAAAAUCCUCAAAAAUGUAUUGCUGUAACAAGGGGACUGGGCUCUGACUGAAGCCCUUUGGAUUUGACAGAAGUUUAUUACAGGUUUACUUGCACUGGCAGCUUUUGCACAAACACUUUUUGAUUGGGUUUGAGAGGAGCAAUAAGUCUGGAAUAAUCACGGUGGUAGAUGAAGUGGUGGUAGCUUUUCA